GAAAGUUGUGUUUUUUUUUAUUGUCAUGCUUAAGAUUCUCCAUGUGGGUUUAAAACUCUUUCCCUCUGUUUUAUGUGGUGAAUGUAUAACUUUUUGAAAAAUAUUAGCAACUCACUGUAUAACACAACCCAUUAUGAACACUUUUAAUUGUGAAAUUCACAUGAGUCACAUUAAAUGAGUGGGUCCCAUUUUACUUUAGAUGGGUGUAAUUUACAAAUUAGUGAAAUCACAUAGAUUUCAAUGUAUUGAAGAAUCAAUAAUUGUCUUAAAAAAGAAAGUGUUGUUUUUCAGCAGUUUUGCUUCUCUUGUGGCUACUGUAAUAAUUAUUUUUAGCUCAAAUGUUUACUAAGGCUUAGCCUUGUUACGUGUAAUAACAUGAAAAUGACAAAGCUGAAAUAGAAAGUUUGGGAAAUAUAUUUUGUCUUUGUGCAGAAUCUACGCUCUGUCCUUCCUGUCUUUUAGUGGGAUUUUGAGAAUAAUGUCAUUGCGUCCCAACUCAUCACACAGUUGUUUUGUAGUUGCACUUAACCACAUUUUUGUGAAAAUAGUAGUGUCAUAGACUUAUAUACCCUUAGUGAGGAAUGGUGGUGGUAUUACGUGAAUAGAACUCGGUAUUUGUUUCAACUUAUUUGAAACAGUAAUUAUUUUGAGCAUGUUUGAUCCAUAAGGGUUAUUCAAACAGACCCUCUUAUUUGCUUUCACCUUUUACUUUUGAAAAAUAAAUGAAAAUUUCUCUACAUUUAAGCUAAAUAAAACAUGCUAGAAGUAACAUUUAGGCCUGGUUUCCAUAAGACUUGAUAAUCAAAGUAGAUCAUGGAUUAUUCUAGCCUCUGCAUUUAAUCUGUAAAGUGUAAAUUAAUUCAUUUUCAACUUUAAAUUUGAUAAGGAAAGUGAUUUGUUUUACACAUUAACUAGAUGAGUCAAACGUAAUAAGGACAGAAGGGAGGUUAGAAGAGACAGGUUAGAAGAGACGUCAGCAGAAGAAGCCAUUGAUGAACAAGAGAAAAACUUUGAAAAUCCAAGAUUCUCCAAUCAAGGCACCUGGAAGAAGAAAAAGAGCGACUUCGAUGUUCUGAAUAGUUGCUUGAGAGGUGACAGGACGUGCAACCAUGCACGACGAAUCUGAAAGAUGAAAAAGAGCGACCUCAACAUUUGCCAAAAAGGACAUGUGCCACCAUGCACGAUGGGAUAGGGAGCAGAUCCACAACUUCAAAAGGCACUGAGAGCACGUAGGAGCUUCGACGAAGACAUUGUUGACGACACGGUGGUCGCCUGGCCGAGACGAUAAAAAAUAUGCUUUUGUCGGUGUGAACAUUGGUUCAGCUGUGACUAACAUGUCAAGUCCAACAGAAGUUGUGGCCCUUCUCAAGACUCAAGGUAUCGAACAUGUUAGACUAUAUGAUGCUGACAGAGCCAUGCUUCGUGCACUAGCCAACACAGGAAUCCGUGUAAUUGUUUCUGUUCCCAAUGACCAGCUUCUCGGCAUUGGUCAGUCCAAUGCCACUGCUGCCAAUUGGGUUAAACGCAAUGUCAUAGCUCAUGUUCCUGCUACCAACAUUACUGCCAUAGCAGUUGGUUCUGAAGUGCUGACAUCCCUCCCAAAUGCAGCUCCUGUUCUAGUCUCAGCAUUAAAAUUCCUUCAAGCUGCUCUAGUUGCAGCCAAUCUUGAUCAACAAAUCAAAGUCUCUACUCCACACUCUUCUUUUAUCAUCCUUGACUCUUUCCCACCUUCUCAGGCAUUUUUUAAUAAAACUUGGGAUCCUGUCAUGGUUCCCUUGCUCAACUUUUUGCAAUCAACAGGUUCCUAUCUUAUGCUCAAUGUGUACCCUUAUUAUGAUUUCAUGCAACCCAAUGCUGUAAUCCCUCUAGACUAUGCUUUGUUCCGGCCCUUGCCUCCUAAUAAAGAAGCUAUAGAUUCCAACACCAUGCUGCAUUAUACUAAUGUCUUUGAUGCUGUUGUUGAUGCUGCUUAUUUUGCAAUGUCAUAUUUGAACUUUACCAAAAUUCCUAUUAUAGUCACCGAGUCAGGAUGGCCCUCCAAAGGAGAUUCAUCCGAGCCAGAUGCAACUNUUGAUAAUGCUAACACUUACAAUAGUAACUUGAUCAGGCACGUCCUUAACAANAGUGGAACUCCUAAGCAACCNGGAAUUUCAGUUAGCACUUAUAUUUAUGAGCUUUAUAAUGAAGACUUGAGAACAGGUCCAGUGUCUGAGAAUAAUUGGGGUCUGUUUUAUGCUAAUGGAGCUCCAGUGUAUACCUUGCACUUGACUAAUGCUGGUACUGUAUUUGCAAAUGACACAACAAACCAAACCUUUUGUGUUGCCAAGAGUAAUGCAGAUACAAAGAUGCUUCAGGCUGCACUUGAUUGGGCUUGUGGACCAGGGAAGGUGGAUUGUUCUCCAUUGCUGCACGGUCAACCCUGUUAUGAUCCAAAUAGUGUGGCUGCACAUGCUACAUAUGCUAUCAAUGCUUAUUAUCAGCAGAUGGCUAAAUCUGCUGGGACCUGUGAUUUCAAAGGAGUUGCCUCUGUCACCACUACAAAUCCAAGUCACGGUUCCUGUAUAUUUCCUGGAAGUCACGGAAAAAAUGGUAGCAGCAUAAAUGGGACAUCAUUGGCUCCAUCUACCAAUUCCACAAAUUCAGGGUGCUUGUCACAGUAUUACAAUGGUGGAUCUUUAACAAGAUCUCUGAUUCUUACUUUAAUUUUGAGUGUAGCUGUCUUAUAAAACUAGGCACAUUACCUUUUCAGCAUUUGAGUCUUGCAUACCCAAUUUUGUGUUCCUCAUGUAGAGAAUUUAAAGGGUAGCGAGGUUGAUCAAAAUGUAUAUUUCCAAUUGUAACGUGAGUUUAUUAUUCAAUUUUUGUACAAACAAACCAGAAGAAUUUAUU